AUUAUUGACAUAUUAAACAUUUUGCGUUGCUUACUGGCAAACAGAUGUUUAGGAAAUGUUUUGUUGUUAUUUAUGCAUGUUGUUGAGUCAGUAGAUGAUCCAAAUACAAAUUUUCCUUCCCCAAUUAAUUCCAAAUUGGAAACUGUGAUGAUGAACCAACUCAAAUAAAAAUUCACAUGAUGAUGAAGGCGAACGUAAAUGAGAUAUACAGCUCUCUGCUUGCAGCGCGUCAGUCACGCUCAUCAGGAAAGUGAGUGAAACACACACACAAACACACAUAAUAAUCUAAUUAAUUGUAUAGUUCCCCAGAAACAAUUAGAAUUCUGUCAUCACUCACCCUUAAGAUGCUCCAGUCCAAAGCAUCUAAUGCUAUCGCUCAUCUUCGAAAAAGUGGAGAUAUUUGAAUGAAAUAUUUCUGAGAGAUUUAUUUCCCGAUGAUUCACCAAAGAUGUUCAAGCGCGGUAAAGUUAGUUUUAGGUUUGAUAUUCACUGGAUAUUCGCCUAGGCUUGCUUUAGGGACCGUCUGCAAAUUAACUUUUCAGUACAAAACGAAGUCCAAUAAUUAAUACAAAUUAUGUUUCCAAUGCCACAGUAAAUGCCUCGUGGGCAAACUGACAGAAAAUAUUUAAUCUAGUAUUAUUCUAUAGUAUUAUUGAAGUAAUAUCUCCCUUACUGCAUGUAGAGUACACACAAGCUAUUUUUUUAAAAUCUAUAGACAAGUUUCCCGGCCACUUCCGGUUUACUUCCUGUUUCUGCCAAGAAUUUCCGGUGCGGGCUGAGUAGUGGUGCAAAAAUGGCGUUGGAAUGGCAACAUUCGACCGAAAAGCUUGUUAAAAAUGGUGUUUUGACUAUUCCACAUCCAAGUAAGGUAACAUCAUGGGCGGACAACAUGUCGAUAUGGCCCAGCAUAACAACAUCCAAGAUAUUUUCUUAUUUUAUUGAUUCCAUGGCGGUAGAUGGGAAUGCAAUUAAUAACCUGAAAAGCUCUGAGGCGUUUCAGUAUCUCCAUUCAGACAAAGUUGGCUGUGUACUUUUACACGAUAUGGGCAGUUUAAUUUACCUAAAGGCCGAUGUUCAACCAAGCCAGUCCGUUAACAAUUCAGCGCAUAACGCCUGGGUUUUAGUUACCAAGACGGGAGAUGUGGAGACUGCAGGCUGUACCUGUAUCGCCGGACCCGGACGUUCCUGUAGCCAUUCAGCCGCCAUGCUUUGGAAGGUACGUUAGCCCAUCUUAUGCUUGUAUUAAGAUGUUUGUAUGUAACGUUAUCCGUGUGUUAAUCUAUAACAGAACACGACGAGUAAUACAAAUGUGUGUGUGUGUGCGUGUCUGUAUGUGUGUGUGUGUGUGUGUGCGUAUGCAUGUGAGAGAGAGAUUGUGUGAGAGAGUGUGAACUACCCCUGCCGUUCCCGCACAAGGUUGCAAUUCUUAAAUGUGAUCUAACAAAGGUAAAGGUAAAAUAUUAACCAUAAAAACUGUUUAUUGCUUGUACUUGGGAUGAAGUAAACAUCUGUUGAGUUUUUUUUUUUUUACAUAAAUUGUUUGAUUAUGUUGAAUUAAAAACCCAGAAAUGCAGCGGGUAUUUUCUUUUAUUAUUCUUUUCAUAUUUUUCCAGAUUUUUUUAUAUAAGUCUAAAUAUACUCAGGCAUAAAGGGGUUAAACAUUGAUGUUAAUGUUAUUUUGAUUUACAAAAUGUUUUCUCUAAAAGAAUUGUGCUGUGAUGCUCAAACCAUUAUUUAAAAAGUGUGUGAUUUUGUUUCUAUCUGUCUGCAGGUAGAAAAUGCUGUGAGGCAAGGGAAGACAGGGCUUGCCUGCACUGAUAUGCAGAAUUGCUGGAAUGCCGGGACAAAAAGCAAUACUGGGCAGCAAAAAAUCAGAGAUGUGUCUUUCCGAAGACACAGCAGAAAUAACCUAUACCAACCAGCAUCACAGGCAUCCUCCUCCAGCAUAGUUUCUACACCUAGUCGCAAGGUAAAAGUCCAUGAGACACUGGAAGAAUGGCAAAAUUACUGUCUCUCCACACCAAUAGCGGCACUUUUCACUGCACCUGGCAGUGGACUAAUGCAGCUCACUUUUAACACCAGCCUCCCUGCUCAGUCUGCCGAGACAUCAAAAGCUCCACUGCCCCUACAUCAUGGUGAUCACAACACACAACUGGAAUGUGAGAAAUGUAGGGCAUUCUACAACACAUACAUUGACAUGACCACAACCCAAUUUAUGUACAUUGAGCAGCACACAAAAGAACAGAGCAGGGAACAACUGUGGCAUGACAUGCGACGGGUACGGAUAACAGCAAGCACAGCCAAGAAUGUGCCAGUUCGGGCUACCACAGCACCAGACAAAUUCUUGUCUGAACACCUCCAUCCUACCUUUCCAGGUAACGCAGCAACCCGGCAAGGAGCAGAGGGUGAAGAGCACGCCAGGCAAUACCUGCAAGACCAAGGUCAUGACAUCGAUGUGAAAGGUUUGGUGGUUUGCCCGAGUGAGCCAUGGCUUGCUGUGAGUCCGGAUGGUGUCAUGAACAGAGACACACUACUGGAGAUCAAGUGCCCUGUCUUAGUCAAAAACCAGUCCCUUACUGAAGCACUUGCUGCUAAAAGCAGUGAGAUCAAACGUAUGCCCACAGGGGAAUGCCAUCUGUCCUUCAAUGGGCCAAAGGGACAUUACAUGCAGGUGCAACUGGGCAUGCACUGCACAGGGCUACGGCAAGCCUUGUUGGUGAUUUGGAGUAACACUGAAUGUCUGCAGCUCAACGUGCUCUACGACCAAACCUUUGUUGAGGGACAUAUCUCAAGGCUACACUCCUUCUAUUUCACCCACAUGUUGCCAAAAGUUGUCGAUGACUUCGAUGAUGGAAGGCUGGAGUUGUGUUCCAGAUACAUGGAUGUUGUAAAAUCAGCAUGACCUGCUUAUGUGUACUGGGGUGAUUAGUCAUUCAUUUUUUAACCCCUUGUCCCCUGUUGUCACAAAUUUGUGACAAAUCCUUUCUAGCUUUUAUUUAUUUUUAUCAAACUGAUUUAUUUUCUUUUACUUACUCUUAUUUAUUUUUAUAUCAGUCAC